UAGCCGUGUUCGUCCGGUGCGCCCACACCCAACCUGCGCUGUGUGGAGCGAGGCAGCGCAGCCCUGCAGUGUAUGCGGGACAUUGUCUUCUCAGUGCGGCUGUUUGGGGACAUCUCUGCGGCAUCAGCAGCGAGGGAGCGCCGGGCUCUCUGCAGCACUCCCGUGGAAACAUCCGCCUCCAUUCAUUGUGCUGCAUCACCCAUGCAGGCUGCUGUCAGUGUGGCCAGGGGCUUGUUUGCUGAGCAUCAUCUGACUGGAGACGUCUGACUGGCACCAUGAGCAGCACUGUGUUUCAGCAGCAGGCUGUUCACAGCCCUCUGGAGCAGCAGAAGCAGAAACAAAAGCACGGAGGACCAAUCCCUUGUCAGAACUGUGGUAAGCCGUGCAAAGGGGAGGCACUCCGGGUCCAGAACAAACACUUCCACAUCAAGUGCUUCGCCUGUAAAGUCUGUGGUUGUGAACUGGCCCAGGGAGGGUUCUUUGUGCGGCAGGGGGAGUACAUCUGUACUCUAGACUACCAGCGACUGUACGGGACUCGUUGCUUCAGCUGCCAGGACUUCAUUGAAGGGGAGGUGGUGUCCGCCCUGGGCAAGACCUACCACCCCCGCUGCUUCGUCUGCGCCUCAUGCAAGCAGCCGUUCCCGGCCGGCGACCGAGUGACUUUUAACGGGAAGGAGUGUAUCUGUCAGAAGUGUACCGAGCCGCUCGCUGCCAGCAGCCCUGCUCCCAUCCAGGCUGUGCACAACUGCUGCGGCUGUGGGAAGGAGUUUAAGAAUGAACAGUCUCUUGUCGCGCUGGAAAAGCACUGGCACCUGGGCUGCUUCAAAUGUAAAGUCUGCAACAAGGUGCUCAAUGCCGAGUACAUCAGCAAGGAUGGAAUCCCCUUCUGUGAGAUGGACUACCACGCCAUGUUUGGCAUCCAGUGUGAGAGCUGCAAGAAGUACAUCACUGGAAAGGUCCUGGAGGCUGGAGAGAAGCACUACCACCCCACAUGUGCCCGCUGUGCCCGCUGUGAGCAGAUGUUUGCAGAGGGAGAAGAAAUGUACCUACAAGGAUCUUCCAUCUGGCAUCCACCAUGCAGACAAGCAGCCAAGCAGGAGGAGAAGAGUAAGGUGACCCGGACUUCAUCUGAGAGCAUAACUUCAGUCCCAGCAUCCAGCACCUCGGGCUCUCCUAGCAGAGUCAUCUACGCCAAACUAGGAGAGGAGAUGCUAGACUACAAGGACCUGGCAGCCCUCCCAAAGACCAAGGCCAUCUAUAACAUAGACAGGCCUGACAUGCUGUCCUACUCUCCAUACGUCAGCUACCCAUCUGAGGAGAGGCACUACGGAGAGGGUGAUGGGGAGAAGUCACCUCGUCAGCGGAGGCCUUCCAGCCCCAGCUCUAACAGCUCCCUGGGGGGCUUUGGACGUUACACCCCCUGCCGUUCCCCACAGAAUUACAGCCGGCCAGGUAGUGAAAGUGGUCGCAGUACCCCCAGCUUAUCCACCUAUUCUGAUGGCAAAUCCCCUUCCUCUACUUCUACAUACGUGGCUGCUCCCCGGCAUUUCCACGUACCAGAGACUCUGGUCAAAGAUAAUAUCUAUAGAAAACCCCCCAUCUACAAACAGCAUGCUUCUAGAACAUCAUGGCAGGAUGGGGAGGAUGGCAAGAGGACCAGUUGGAUGAUCUUGAAGAGUGAGAUUGAUGGACAGAUGGGUCCAGAAGACCUGGAGCCCCGCAAAUCGACCUGCAGUCUGCCUACUGACACCUCCCAGUCUAAUUUCCUCUACAAUAAGUCUGCAUCCUUACCCGGCUAUGGAAGGAAUGGCAUCUAUAAGGCUGCUGAGAUGGUGGAUGAUGAAGUGGACCCAGACUCCCAGAGCUGGGGAGGCAUGAGAGAAUACAAGAUCUACCCUUAUGAAAUGCUGUCAGUGACGCAUAGAGUGAAAGUGAAGCUUCCCAGAGAAGUAGAUCGCACCAGACUGGAGAGACACCUAUCCCCUGAGGACUUCCAGCAGGUUUUCGGCAUGACCCUGGAGAAGUUCGACCGCCUGGCCCUCUGGAAGAAGACCGACCUGAAGAAGAAGGCCCGCCUUUUCUAGACAGGAGGGGGAAAAGCAUUUCAACAAGCAUCUGUCCUGUGUGGGAGGAAGCGUAAAAGAAAACCACCCCAUUGGAAAUAUCUAUAUAUGCAGCACCAUGAUACCCCUAGUCUCCACCUGUACAACGCCAUGCCAUCGGCCUGUGAUGCCACGGAGGGGCUCUCCGUGCAGGAACAUUUUCACGAUGUUGAGACAGCAUCUAAAGCUUUUUGUAUGCAAUGUGGUCUGAAUGUCUGACUGACGGCCUUUCAGAGGAGGGAGAGGAGCUGCGUUUGCAUGGCCUGUGUUGAUGCUCCUCACCUCCCGUGAGGUUUCUGCAUCCUCCCCUGCCUACCUCGGCGCUUUCAUACACCCCAGCAAAAUAAUGACUAAUUAGGAACUACGUCCUGUGCAGGCCUUCCCCAGGUUUCUGUGGUUCUGACUGUUUGAUGUACGCCUUCUUCUGCUCGCUGAAUCUUGAUUUAUCUCACCUUACUGCUUUUCUUCCCUUUGUCUCUUUAUAUUAUCUAUUUGCUGCUCUGCUUUUUCUCUCUCGCUGUCUCUCCAUCAUGAAAUAACUAUUACAUUGUCAAGACAGUCCAUUUGUACAACCCUGAGAUUACUUACGGACAGAGAAGGGACUGCAGACUGUACACACGGUUAACGAAUGUUAAGGCCAAAGACGGGGAUGAAAAACAACUCCAGCUUCUGUGAUGUCUUUCUUUAAAAAAUCAAAAAGCACCUGAUCAUACACUUGUGUUUUCAGUUCAUGUUCUUCUCUAUUGGAGAAGUUGAGAAAGACUGGCCAGGUAGUUUUGAUAUGCAGUCCUGUAUCUUACACAAGCAUUUCAUAAAUCAGCACAGAUAGCGGAGCCAGGGCUGGACAGAGGCCUCGCAGACAGGAGGAGGGUUUAGGAGAGGCCCUGCAGAAAACCCCCAGGACAGUAGUGCCAGGGCUUUAGGGUGUGCAAAGGUGUCAAACAUGUAGGAUUCUGAGCCACAUGCCCUCAUAUCAAACAAACAAAUGAAAUUAUUUUUAUAAGCUAUUUUUGACUUCUGGAAAGGAUUAAUCAUGAAGCAUUAAUCUAAUCAUAAGAAUCAGCUGAGAGAAAUCAUCAAUUUGCUACCAGAAAAACAGGUCCAUGCUGACUUUGCAAAGCUUCACAGACCUGCAGCAUAACAAGUAGGGUCUUGCUUGAUUUCAAACUCAAUAGUCUAUCUGUGUUAUACAUUCUGGUAUUGAGAUUGAACCCCUUAUAUGAUGUUUGAAAGCACUGUACAGUGAAAGCUCCACAUUUAAGCUCGUCAGCUUCGCUUGAUGAUUUCUGGACCGUUCGUCCAUCAACUUGCCAACUAACACUGUAAGAUGUAUGUGAACGUAUACUGGACAUAUACCACAUAUAUGUGUCUGCCAUGGUGUAUAACUAUUCAGGCAUGCAUGAGGAUUGAGGUGUGUUCCCUGACCUCAGAUUAGAAAUGUAUGAAAACAUUAUCAUCAAUGUGGUUUGAGUGAUAGAUUAUUUUCUGGUUAAAUUGCAUCAAAUGAAAUGCCCUGGUCAGCUUACAUUAGCCUCUGUUAGGUAUUUAUUAAAUUGCAUUCAGGAAGGGAUUUUAUUUUGAAAUCAUAAGGGUGUAAGUGUUGAAUGAAUAGCAAACAGUAUAGAGAUUUUGAAGAAAAACAUAACAAAUUUUGAGUUUGUGUCAAAAGAUUCUUUUCUCCCGUAAGUAACACACUAACUGUUGUCAUGUCUUCUUUCUAAUAUCCAUCUGCUAUUAAAGUGCUUUAUCCCAACUACAGAGUU